GACUAACCAUAGACGUCUUUAAGCAAUUUACCUUGAAGGUGAACUCUUUACCGGUGUGUACGGGAGUGCAUAUUGCGAAACUUUAACCGUUCUUUUCGAACAUCUUGGUGAAAUUUACGGGACAGCUGUCAGUUAAGCAAACUCGAAAACGUGCACCGAAAACGGCGAGUCAGCUGUGGCUGCUAUUGGUCACAAAGUCGCCCUGGGCCCCUGAUUUCUGCUGUCCGGGUCCUCGAUUACUCAAGGGAUCGAAAGGAUAGAGGGGCUGCUCGGAUCGGGGACGAUGUCUCUCAUCAAGAAUACCCAGGGCAAUGCCACGCGAUCUCUCUAGCAAUACCGACUAAAGUUGCAUGAGAAUGGCAUGUAUUAACGGUCAAACCAUGUGCUACGUCUGGUUCUCUCACUAUGCUGUGUACUCCGUACAUCACUUACAUGGCUGAACCACAGGUUUAGACGGGGUAACGGACUGCAAAAAGGCAUCCAAACUCUUGGAAGGAUCGGUAUGGUUCCGUUUCAUUUUUUUUUUGAGAUGAGACUGCAUCGAGAGCGCCCAAACCUUGAUUAAUUGGCAUUGAAAAUGUCAUUGAUCACGCGCUUCCUCGAGUUGAAGUGGGAUAUCGACACUCUACACAUUCGACGGAAGAUGAGGAGGUGGAUUGAGUAACGGCCAUACUGACUGAUUGGUCCUCUUCGCGGAUGGUUCGAAUCGCAAAGCCUGCUCUAUAUACGAAUGCCGCCACAGCGGCUGCCAAAAGCAAGGAGGCAAGAAUGCAUCUGGUCGAUUCUCCUCGACCAUCGCGCCAGUACGGAGUAUCAAGUAUCCAGCCCCAUUCAUACGAAUGGAAAUUGUCGUCAAAGACCGGGAUCCAGCAUCCACGCGGCGUGCGUAAAUUCCAUGUUGCAGCACCUUGGCAGAUGAGCACGGAUGCCGUUCACGCCUGCCAAGCGACAAAAAACGCUUUACAGGGCAGUUGAUAGCGCAGGUAGGUGCCAACCCAUGGCUCCAGCCCUCACGGGGUGUGUUCCAUAUUUCGUAUCGUCCUUUUUUUUUUUUUUUUUGCUUUUGUUACCAGCACGAGAGACCCAGACGAUGGCCGUACUUCGCAAGUGUCCUGCCUGUACUCGCGUAAGGUCGAUCCAUCCUCGCUCGCUGGAUUUUCGGGCUUGCUUCCAGGCAGCUCCCGCUGGUCAUACCGGAGCACGAUAUGGCACA